CCUGCAUAACAACGUCCAGGUGAGGAACUUCAGACUAACAGCAGGUAAAAUCUGACAUAAGUGGGGGUGGGGGCUCUGGUUAAAGCCUCUCUGCCUGGAUUCAGUGUGAGCUGCCUGUGUGAGGCAACGACACAGAGACGACCUGACACUGUGACAGCACUAAAACGGCUGACUAGAACAGGUUGACGUUUUUAAAAGAAAGGCAUGAUGUCACAAGCCGUUGACAGAGACCAGGUGUUUGAAACCACCAGGGUCCGAACUUUGCUGAAGAAAGACUCCAGCUGGAUCCGCAGUCCAGACUGGACAGGAAAAAGCAGAGACAGUACGGAGAGUCCUGCGGAGGCCAAACCUACUGUAACCAGACAGAGCUCAUACGUCUCAUCCACAGCCCAGAAAUUUGAAUCACCAACUCUUCCACUGAGCCCUCCUUCCCAAAAGACCCAGUUCAAACCAUCUGAAGGUGUCUCAGGUUAUCAUGCAAAGACUGACGUUAUUCCAUCUCCAAAAGAUGCUCAGCCUGAGGCGUCAACAGUGGAGGCCGCAGACAAAACCAAGCCCUGUGUCCCCACCGAGGAACUACUUACAAACGGAAAUGCCAAAGUUUCUUUAAGAAAUGAAAAAUCAGAGGCAAUGUCUCUAGCUCAGCAAAAUGAUCAACCAAAGUCCAACUCAAUUAAGGAAAGAAUGGAAGAGUAUGUAGAAAAAGCCACUGAGGGGCUAAUAGAAGUCUCUGCAGGUGUUUGUGUAAAAGAUCUAGUGGUGGAAACAUCAGCUGAGGCAGGAACAGAGGAGAAUAAUGAUGCUUCUAAAGGCUCUGUUGUGCCCGUAGGGGAACAGAAACCUGAAAAAAGACAUUCAGCUGAAACCGAUCUAGCGAAUGUGACAAGCUUGCAAAACACAGUAGAGGAAUCAGCUAUGCAAACUGAAAAAGGGGCUUGUGCAAGAGAUGCUCCAAGAGAAGGUUCAGAAACUGUUGCUGUCAAAGCUUUAGAUGAUACAGUGGUGGAGUCAUUGCCUGAGACCAUUAAUGUGACUAACACAGCACCAGAAGACGAGGCUGUUCAGCAAAUCAGUGUAGAGCAGGUCCCUGAUUUAUUGGCAGAUACUGUGUCAAAAUCUCCUUCUCAAACUGCUGACCAAACUUCUGCACAGGGGAGUAGUAAGGAAUAUCCAACAGCAGCAGGAGAAGCUGCUAAAGAUGAAGUGAAAGUUGUGGUGGCAUCUGCAAAUGAGAUCACUACUGUGACGAGUCCAACCAGAGAAGAUGGUGUUCCUCAAACAGACUCAGAAGAACCCAUAUCUGAAUCUCCUAAAUCUACUGAAGAGGACUCUGCCCAGGGGAGUAGUGAGGGAUGUCCUACAGGGCAGCUUGAAGCAGAAUCAGCUGAAACUGAAACAGAGGUUGUAGCAGAGUCUUCAACAGACAUCCCUGUAGUGACUGAUGUUGGACAUGGAGAGGUGGCUUCUUGUCCAGACAGAGAGAAACCAACCUCUGACUUACAAGAAAAUUCUGCAUCAGAGUCUCCUACUCCAGCUGCUGCGGAGAGUAAUAUUGAACAAUGUUUUGUGGUUGCAGCUGAACCUGUUGAAGCUGUAGAUGAUGUUGGGGUGGAGUCUUCACCUGAGGUCCCUGCUGUGACUGAUGUUGCACUAGAUGGUGCAGUUCUCCAAGGUAAUGUAGAACCAGGCCCUGACUUAUCAGCGUCUUGUGUAUCGGCACCUCCUGCUCAAUUUGCUGAUGAAACUGUGACAGAAACAGUUGAGGCUGAAGCUGAGGUGGAGUUCUCUCCCGAGACACCUGUUGUGAAUAACACAACUCCAGAGAAAGAUGCAGGUCCUGUUUCAUUAGCAGAGGGUGAAUCCCAGUCAUCGGUCGAACCUUCUGCUGAAAGCAAUGGUGUGACAAAUCCUUCAGUAGUGGCUGUUGGAGAAGCUGAAGUAGUAUCUGAGGCUUUAGUAGAGUCACCUACUAAGGAGACAUCUUGUUUAGGUACAGACUCACAGGCGAAUACACAUUCUGCCAGUGAAAACUGUGAGAAAUGUUCUGAAACCACUGAAGCUGCUGUUGAAGUUGAGAUUAAAUCUGAAGCUCCCCAAUGCUGUGCGGAACCAGGCCCUGAAUCAUUAGCAGAGGUAUGUCAUUCAAGACAGGUUGCAGGAGAAAGUGCUGAAGUAGCCACUGCAGUUGCGGCUGUGGUGGAAUCCUCACCUGACAUGCCUGCUAUGACUGAUGUUGCACCAGAAGAUGUCAGUUCCCAGUGCAUAGUAGAACCAGAACCUGACUCAGCAGAACCUGUAUCUGAAUCCCAUACUGAAUCAUCUGCCCAAGACAGUAAUGAGGGAUGCCAAGCAUUACAUGAUGGAGCAGAUACAGCUGAGUCUGAAGUUACGAUUUCUGCUGUGACUGAUGUUGCACAGACACAGGAGGCCUUUUGUAAGACAGACAGUGUGAAAACAGCCCCCAACUUACAGCCAAACACAGAAGAAUCAGAAUCUCCCACUCAGCUUGCGUCUGUAGUUGAAGUUGUUGAGGCUCUAGCUGAGGCUCUGGUGCCAUCUCUACCUAUGACACCUGCUGAGGAUAAUACAGUGCCAGGAGAAGGAGGAGGUGUCCAAAACAGUGUGGAACCAGGUCCGGACUCACAACCAGAACCUGUCCAACCUGCUGCUGAGAUGAGCAAGGAAGACUGUCCUUCAGGAGAGGUUUCAUCAGAAUCUGUUGAAGCUGCAGCUAAGGGUGUGGUGGAGUCCUCUCUUCAGACAUCAGUGGUGAUUGAAGGAGCACAGCAGGAUGCCUCAGACAUACAAACUGAGGACGCUCUCGUACCUAAACUGUCAUCAGAUUCUGUGCAGAGCAAAUUAGCCGAAAGAGUCAUUGAACUGACAGAUGCAUUAGAUGAGGCACCCACAACUGAAGCCCAGUGUGUAAAAGAUUCAAAACAAUCCAGCAAAGGGGACUCAAAAGUGGAACAAGGGCCUAAUGACACCAAUAUCACUAAAAUGCUUGAAAAGCCUGAGGAGAAUCAAGGACCUGCAGAAACUCAGACCAGGGAUGAAGAAGUUUGUUCACUCUGUAGCCAAACAUUUGGAACUGUCAGAAUCAGAAUUUCUCAUCCCCCACUGAUUCUCCACCCUGACUGUUUUAAGUGCGGUGUGUGUGGAAAGGACAUUGGAGAUCUGCUGACUCCCAUGUACCUUCUUAAAGAAGUGAUCCACUGUGAAGCCUGCCAUGCAUAACCUCCUAAUUAUAUGGCUAUAAUGUGUGUUGUUACACAUCUUUUUUGGAUUGUUUUCUGUUAUUUACACUGUGAAACUUCCUACUGUUGCCUUACUUAUCAUAUGCUUUGCUUUUCUAAUCAAUUUCUCCUCAACUUUAUUUUUAGCGCAUGCAACAGUGAGUCAUGAUUACAAAUGUGUUAAAAUAAAAUCCCAAUUGAAUGCCAUGAAAUUAAAUGUUUUAUUCAGCCUUAAUUAAAUGGGCUCACACAACACAACCCAGCUCAUUAAAUAGCGGCGUUUACACAAUAAACAUGAGUCAUCCAGAAGCAAGUUACUAUUAGAAGAAUUAACAAGUCAGCAACACAAUGCAGCUUAUUUUUAGAAGUAACUGAAACACUUCCAGGAAAAUGGAUACAAAUCUUUGUUUUCCCUCCACACAGUGGUAUUUAAACAAAGCAAAAUGCAGCAUGAGUAAAUGCACAACAUACUAGAGUAACAUCAUUGUAAGUGACACAGUAAUUACUCCAAACUCUCGCAGAAAACUUUGGUACAUUCAGCUUCACUUCCUUUAGUUCACACAGUGUUGAUACACAAGAUGGUGAUAAUGAAGCAGCACCAUAAUCACAUUGAGAACCAAUAUAUGCAUCAGUAAACACUGAACAGAAUGCAUGCAGUUAUAAUUUGCAAGGCGUGCUGUCAUGGCUCUUAAUUAUUCAUGAAAUGUCAUACAUCGCAGUCUGAGAACAAAAUCAGCGCUGAAGAAGCUUCACAA